GAUUUCAUAUUGACAGUUUAGUAGAUUAAGCGACGCUUGAGAGUCAGGCCUGUCCGCGUGUUUAGCAAGUGUUUGAGCAAUUAUCGAAAAAAAUUGUUUUUAUGAUUUUGUGUUUUUGCUUUUUUAUUUUUUUUAUUUUUACUUGAAUGCCGUUAGUAAUAAAAAAUCAUUGAGAUGAUCAUCAUGUGUCGAGACUUGUUUGAAAUGCGCUUAGAGAAAAUGUUUGUGUUAUUUAUUGUUGUGCUAAGUGCGUUUGUGACAACAAUUGAGUGUAAUUUAACGCCCCGCAAUAUAGCGCUGCACAACUAUCCGUUGGAAGAACAUACAGUGCAAACCAGCGAUGGCUACCUUCUCAGUACUUACCGCAUACCAGCACUAACCGCCAAAAGGAACGGAGUCGUACUACUACAGCACGGUUUCACACUCUCUUCCGACGUUUGGCUGCUGCGUGGUCCUAAAGAAGAUCUGCCCUACUUACUUGCCGACGCUGGCUACGACGUCUGGCUGGGCAAUCACCGCGGCAAUGAAUAUGGACUCAAACAUAGUAACUUAGAUCCAAUAGCGAAUAGAAAACACUUUUGGAAUUUCACCUGGCACGAAAUGGGCUACUAUGAUCUGCCAAAUAUAAUCGAUUAUAUACUUGAGGAAACCGGUGAAAAGUCCUUGCAUUAUGUGGGUUAUUCACAGGGUGGCUUGGUAGCGUUGGUGCUGCUGAUGACACGACCCGAAUAUGCCGAAAAAUUUAAGUCAUUGCAAUUCACUGCGCCCACUGUAUAUAUGCGGAAUCUCAAUGUUCCGGUGCCUGCUUCCUGGAUCGGUAAGCUACGUAACUAUUUAUCACAUUUCUUGGAUUGGUGGGGCUAUGGCGAAACCCUGCAAUUUGCGCGUUGGAAUUUGCAUAAACGGAUGUGUAAAGCGAUGUGUGCCGAUGGCGCCUGGCUUAGACCGUUUUUUAAGAAAAUAUUUAGUAUGAUCGGUGGACCGGUGGCUGCAAAUGAGGAUUAUGAGCACAUUUUAACGGAAAUUUGUGGUAGUGUUCCGGUGGGCGCCUCAAGUAAGCAACUCCUUCAUUAUAUGCAGCUAUACGCCACUGGCGGUUUUACGCAAUUCGACUAUGGUAGUGCUGAUCGUAAUUUACGUCAAUACGGUCAAGUGCUGGCGCCCAGCUAUAAUGUGAGCUCCAUUAAAAAUUGCAUCUCGAUAUAUUACAGUGAAACUGAUAAAAUGUGCGGGCCGGAAGAUGUGCGUCAGCUCGGUAGAGAUCUGCAAUGUGCAGAGUUGCAUCGUUUGCCUUAUGCCGCAUGGAAUCAUGGAGAUUUCGUUUGGUCGCGCCAUGCUCGGCAUGCUCUACACGAACCUAUCAUAGCGAAAAUUGACGCUUGGCGGGAUGGCAUGGAAAUAAGAUUUGCACACUAAGACGGAAAACUUAGAAAACUCAGUCUAACGAGUUUGUUUGUAUUUUGUAAAUAUUAUUAUAAUUUCUCUUGUUGAGAAGCUGGCUGAUCUAAAUUUAAAUAAUUUAUUUGUUCUCAAAAUUAUUGUGCAAUAAAGUUUUAGGAAUUUAA